AUGUUCCCAGUUGCGUUUCGCGAGAUACACGCCCAAAUUAUAAAACGUUGUUUUGGUUUGGUUGCAGAAGAAGAGGAGAUAACGACGGUGACAUCCAGCGUGAGGAGAAACUCCACCGAAAAAUCCGUUAGCAGCAGUACCACCAUCAAAAAUUCCACAGUGAUAGAGAGCAUGACGCGGCCGGCGCCUAAACCUGUUUCGCCAUUCGCCAAAUUCCGUCAGCUUGAAAAACAAAACACAAUCAACUCUCCCAACUGUAACUGUGGAUACGAAUAA